CCGUGUCUCAGCCCUUCAUUCGCCCACGGCGCCCCGCGAUGGGCCUGUUGAGUUAAUGGCACGUCAAAUAUUAGAUGCGGACAAGCCCCAAUCUAGACCCCUCGACGGAGAACCAACUUCUUUUCUCUCCUCGAUUGGCUGGGUUCUCUGUCCUUAGGAGCCAGAACUUGCAAUUGCGACACCUCAUCUUCUCCCUAUCCUCGGUCAUCUAUUCCCCUCCCGAGCCCAAUUCGAUCCGCAGGUCCAGGUGCAAUGUGUUUUUUCGAGUCUUGAAUCAAUUCGCCGCGUAUAACCAUCCCUCUCCUACCUAUCUCGUUCCAUGAUUCUCUCACGGCGCGCGGUCCUCCUCCUCGGCUUCAGCUUCUCCUGCAUCCUCUUCUUCACAGCUCGCCAGCUAUCCCGGCCAUGGAGUAACUAUCCACAGACCGUGGGCCUGGGGGAAUACUAUGGCUCCGAUUCUUCCGCCCGUAACUGGACAGGCGCCUUCAAUUUUACCAGCCAUGGCAGUAAAAGCCUAUACGCCCCUCAGCCAAACUUCGUCCCCGGAAUUCCGAAGCCCCCCGGCUCGACAUACACGAAAACGUUGGUAGUGCCCCGGACCAAGAAAGAGGACACGAGCUGGAUCGAAAAGGAGCUGCCGGACUGGGGCACUGCUAUCUAUGUCGCGGAUGACCCGAAAGCACCCUUACACCCGCCGAAGAAUAAGGGGCACGAGGUGAUGGUAUACUUGUCAUUCAUUAUCGAUUUCUACGAAGAGCUACCCGACGUCGCGGUAUUCAUGCACUCGCAUCAGAACGCCUGGCAUAAUGAGGAGCUCUUUGGUGGCGACUCGGCAGAGAUUCUCCGGCGACUGAGCAUGGAACGGGUCAUUCGAGAAGGGUACAUGAAUACGCGCUGCGCGUUCGGUCCUGGAUGUCCUGCGUGGAUGCACCCCGGCGCCGUGGAAGAAGAUGAGACCAAGCAAGAGGAGGUGAUGCUCGCUCGGGCCUGGGGAGAACUUUUCCCAGACCAGCCGGUUCCAUCGGUCCUCUCUCAACCAUGCUGCGCACAAUUCGCCUUGUCCCGGGAACGCAUUCGUACGAUCCCCCGCGCGCGGUUCAUCUUCUACCGCGACUGGCUGCUGCAGACGGAUCUGAGCGAUUACAUUGCGGGUCGUAUCUGGGAAUACCUCUGGCAAUACGUCUUCACGGGCAAGCCCGUUGUCUGUGUGGAAGAGAGUGUUUGUCUCUGCGAUGGCUACGGGUUCUGCUUCGGCGGCCCAGAGAAGUAUCAAGAAUGGCGCGACAUGGAUGCCGAACGAAAAGAUCUGCAGCAACGACUCGAUGAUUGGAUCUGGUUGACCGAAGACCUCAGGAUGGCUCAGGCUGCGGGAGAAUUCGACGAAACCAUGGACCUGGAUUUCCCGGCUCUUGGCCAGCAAUCCGAUAUUGAAAAAGAGGUUAUUGCAAAAGACACUCAGGUCGCCGACACUCUUCAGGCUGCCAUCGAGCGUGGCAAGAACCCUAAAUACCGUGCUCUGGAGGCCGGUCGUCCUUGGAAGCAGGGUGACGGCUUCUAGGCACUGGGAGAACAUAUCCUACAAUCGCUCUCUGUUCACCGCAGGCCGAGUUCUGAGAGCGUUCUGUUGGACUUGCAAUCUAUCAUCGAUAUUACCAAUCUACCACCGUGUGGAUGAAUGUUUGUGCCAUGUUUCGAAAAUCUGCUUUUGGUUUGUCUGAACCAAAUUGGUCUGACCAGAUUAGACGAUUUCAGAUAAAUGAUUGGGUAACUCGGUAGUCUCCUUGAGUGUGGACUGCAAUUCUGAUUUUCUGUACAUUUAUACCUGCUGGUUUUUGAGGGCUUUGAAGCGAAGUUGAUUCAUAUUAUAGACCAUUUUUUUUGAAGUGACUAUCUUUCCGGAAUGAAUUUCUGGAUAUCUACACAAUC